UUUAUCUUCCCUUAUCCACAAACUUCUCUGUUUGGGUGGAAAUGAGCAUGAGCACAUUGCCAUUUUCCCUUGGGUCUCACACUCCCACAAAGCUCACUACAUCAACAAAGCUCAGUUCACUCAUAACCAAUCAUCCAAACACAACUUCAGAACAAGCUUCUUCAACUGUCAAAUUCUCAACCAAUCAACACAAUGAUAACCCAAUUGUAUUAAUCAAAAGAAGAGAAGCAAUUGGUGGUAUUGGCUUAUGUUGUGGCUUUCUUCUUGAUGUUCUUUCACAGUCACAGCUUGCAUCAGCAGCAGAUGGAGCUAGUCUCUGUGAGCUAACGGUGGCUCCGUCGGGGCUUGCAUACUGUGAUAAAAUGGUUGGGACUGGUCCUGAGGCUGUCAAAGGACAAUUGAUUAAGGCACAUUAUGUUGGGAAAUUGGACAAUGGGACGGUUUUUGACAGCAGCUACAAUCGCGGGAAGCCUCUCACUUUUCGUGUUGGCGUUGGCGAGGUUAUUAAAGGUUGGGAUGCGGGCAUUCUAGGCGGCGAUGGAGUUCCUCCCAUGCUUGCUGGAGGAAAACGAACAUUAAAGCUUCCUCCAAAACUCGGAUAUGGCAUGAGAGGAGCUGGGUGUAAAGGAGGUUCAUGCAUAAUUCCUCCAAAUUCAGUUCUUUUCUUUGAUGUGGAGUUCAUUGGCAAGGCAUGACAAGUUGAUUUGUCAUUUCUAACCAGAGAGUUUAAAAUAAUUAUUAAGGGAAAAAAUAUUUGUAUUAAUUGCUCUGCCUUCUGUUUGUGUUUCAGUAGAGAAGAGCAAAAAAUUAUUUAUUUAUUUUUGGAUUUUUUGGAGGCCAUCAUAUUGUAGUAAAUAUGAAACAUAAAAGAAAGCUUAAUUACACAGACCUCCUUUGAAGUAUUUAACAAUUA